AUGGCUCUUGCUUUGUUUUUGUUCUCUUUUAUUGCACUUUCCUCAAGCGCAUCGGUUAAUACUGAUCCAGGAUACGAUUGUCGACCAGGUCAGGCAUGUUGGCCAAAUUGGCAGGAAUGGCAGCAACUGAACAACAGUGUCAAUGGCAAUCUGUAUCAAACCAUUCCCAUGGGGGCGUCCUGUUACACGAGUUCCCCUCUUUACAAUGCUGCCACCUGCGAUGCUGUGGUCAAAGAUUAUAAUCAAAGUAUCCCGCGAGGGGAUUACUAUGGACAGACCUACUGGUCCAACUGGGAAGCAUGUGGCUCUUUGAGCUGUUCUCUUCUUUCUUCUGACCCUGAAGAGACGCUCUAUCAGAAUUGUUCUCUUGGUCGAUUGGCAUCAUACUACGUUGAUGUUCGCAAUUCAUCCCACAUUUCUGCCACUCUCCAGUUUGCGCAGGCCCACAAUAUUCGAAUCAGCAUCAAGAAUACAGGCCAUGACUUUUAUGGGCGCUCGUCAGUUCCCGGAUCCUUGGCUAUCUGGACCCAUAACAUGAACUCUCUACAGUUCUACAAGAAUUUCACUGCUUAUAAUUGUCCGUCUGCAAGUGGGCUUAACGUUGGAGAGAUUGGUGCUGGAGUUGUCGCAGGACAUGCAUACGACUUCUUCGGCUUCCAUGGAAUGGACGUGACAGGUGGCUAUGAACAGUCGGUUGGCUUGGCUGGUGGUUUCGGUCAGGGUGGAGGACUGGGUUCGUUUACAACUACGUAUGGUCUUAUGGCUGACAACGCUGUCGAGUUUGAGGUCGUUACUGCUGAUGGAAAUGUACGGACGAUAAAUGAAUGCAACGACCCCGACCUCUUUUGGGCGAUGCGAGGUGGUGGUGGUGGCACAUACGCCGUAUUGACCAAGUUCAGGGUUCAGGUGUAUCCCUCUGUGCCCAUCCAUGUCUACAAUUUUGUCGCCAAUUUUACAAGGGCUGAUGUGGCAGUUGGCGCGACAAAAAAUAGGGCACUUCGAGAUAUCAUGACAUUUCAUGCAAGUCAUCAACUCGAAUGGUCAUCUGCCCUAGUUACUGGCCAAGUCGAAUAUUUCCCAGAGGCAGUAGCAGUAGGCCUGGUACUGCCGUACGGUGAUAAUGGAUCAAAGCUGAGAAGUACGAUUGCAUCUUUCGUUCAGUUUCUUCGUGAAAGAAGCGACCUUACUGUUAUCAAGGAUGCGUUCAGCUCGUACGACAGUUAUGCAGAUUAUCUGACUGUCACUGCAGCGGAUGCAGAGAACACUGAACCAGGUGGGAUUUUCUCUUUGCUUACCUCCAGGCUAAUUCCCCGCCAAGUAUUUGAGCACGCAAAUACCAUCGAUGCUCUUGUUGAUGGCGUAAUUGAAGGAGUAGCCACUGCUAGAAGCCUAAUAAACAGAACUGGAACUCAAGUCGUACUUGAGUCCCCGUUAACUAACCCUGAUAUCAACCAAACAACGUCAGUACUUCCAGCGUGGCGCGAUGCAAUAUGGCAUGUCAUUCAUGUAGGUGAAUGGUACGAGCCACUGAUACCGGCUGUGCAGCAAAAAGCCACUGAUGGCUUUCUGCAAAUGACCGAGCCUCUCAAGCAACUCUCUCCGGGCGGGGGCGCGUAUUUCAAUGAAGCGAACUACCAAGAGCUGGAGUGGCAGGAGACGUUUUUUGGUGCCAACUACAACAAACUUCUGGAGAUUAAAAACAAAUACGACCCAACUCAUCUGUUUGACUGUUGGAAAUGCGUUGGAUGGCGAGGAGAGAAAGAUCCAUUCUACUCUUGCUAUCAGGAAUAUUAA